GGUUCCCGCAAAAAGAGGAAAAAAAAAGAAAAAGAAAAAAAAUGACUUUGCUGUUGUUGUUUUUUAUAUGUUCUUUUCUACAUAUUUAUUUACGUUCUUUAAAAAAGCAACGUAUAUUCACACACAGUCUUUUGUUUGAUUAAGUUUAAUUUGACCUAAAGAGGCUAUUCCUUGACACCUUUUUUUUUUUGUUAUGUACGUAUUUCCACGUAAUGCGAGCAAAGAACUUUCUAAUUCUAGAAAAUAAUAAACCCCGCAAAAAAAGAUAUAAUAAGCCUGCCACUUUUUGCUUUUGUUCUUCAUGCUUCGUUUAUUUGUUCCUCAAAAGAGAGUUAUGUCUACUUUGGCAUUCAAGUCUAUCACUAGUCCCCAACUCAAAGAAUGGUUAGCACAACAAGAUCAGCAAGUUCACUCUGACUUGGUCUUGGUUGACGUUCGAGAGAGACAUGAAAUUGAAAAACAUGGUAAAAUUAAAGGUGCCAUCAAUGUUCCCUUUCAAUUAGACCCUGACAUGUUCUCGGCUGGUUUGUCUGAUUUCAAUCAACAGCAUAAGAUUGUAUUUCAAUGCAUGUCUGGACGUAGAAGUGAUGAAGCAGCCAGAAUUGCUAUAUCCCUUGGAUUUAAAGAUGUCUAUAGUCUUCAAGGAGGGCUAAAAGAAUGGAAGGGUCCUAUUCAGCCUUUUAUGAACAACCAUUCACCUUGGGUUCAUACCUUCUUUGAACCAGAAACAGAAACAGCACAAUAUGUAGUCACUGAUCUAAAAACAAGAGAAGCAUAUAUUAUUGAUCCUGUAUUGAAUUAUGACCCGUUCUCAUCCACUGUGUCUCCGUUGACGGCAAAACAUUUAAUCGAGUUUAUUGAGAAACAUGAACUCCAGGUUUCAAAGAUCAUUGACACUCAUGUUCACGCUGACCAUUUGACGGCUGCUCUUUAUUUAAAAGAUCAAUUGCCUACCAAGCCUGAAUAUUGGAUUGGUCAACAUGUUACUCAAGUACAAGAUGUAUUCAGCCAGACAUAUAACAUAAGCCAUCAAGAGCUCAAUGCAGCAGAACAGUUUGAUAAACUGGUGACUGAACUAACCCAAUGGACCCUGGGAAAAGAUAUUCAAUGUAGCGUACUGGCUACUCCUGGUCAUACGCCUGCUUGUAUGUCGUACCGUAUAGGAGAUGCUGCUUUUGUAGGGGAUUCUCUCUUUAUGCCUGAUAUUGGUACUGCUCGCUGUGAUUUCCCCGGUGGAAGUGCUGAACAGAUGUAUGCCAGUAUUCAUAAAAUGUAUCAACAAUGGCCUGAUGAUACAAGAAUCUAUGUGGGUCAUGACUAUCCACCUACGGAUCGUCCUUAUCAAGUCAUGGCAUCACUUGAGAAGCACAAGAAAUUCAAUAAGAUGAUCAGCCAAAGUGUUUCAUCACAAGAUUAUGUAAACAUGCGUAAAGAAAAAGAUGCUAAGCUAAGACCACCUCGAUUCAUUCACCCUUCUAUUCAGACCAACUUAAGAGGAGGCCAUUUGCCUUCACCUGAAGUAUCAAUGCAUGAUAAGCAGAAAAUACAACAAUUCUUUAAGAUUCCAGUCAGAUUUAAAGCUUAAUUUUCUUUUCUUUUCUCUCUCUCUUUUUUUUUUUUUUAUUU